AUGAAGGACUUAGUGCAAAUAUGGAAUAAAGUUGCGGGAGGGCAAUACUCCACGGUUAAUUUAGCAGAACGGGAACUGAGGGAACUAACGAAUAAUCGAUUAAAAAAAUCAGACUUCGAUGCGUCGACAUUCGAGGAGAACUUCUCAGAGUGCGAGGGCUUGAACCAUAAAUUUAACGAUGAUUUUGAUUUCACGGAUAGGAAGGAUGCUAUAAUUAACAGAUUGUUCGAAAGGCGGAAGAAGGGACAAGUUGCCAGACAACCAAAAUGUCUUUUUAUUCUGCUUAUGCUGGGUUUCUUUGCGUUGGGUACAGCGUGCUUCAUACUAUUCCUACAUCCUUAUGACUUCUUCUUUCGUCAGAAAGUAGUCCUAGAGGAUGGCGGCGAAAUCUUCGAAAUGUGGAGGAAGCCAGAAAUAAAACUAUAUUGCAGAGUAUAUUUAUUUAACAUCACCAACGCGGAAGAGUACAUGUCGGGCAAGGACAGCAAGGUGAAGGUACAGGAGAUUGGACCCUACGUUUACCAGGAGGGUUUGGAGCAUGAAGUUCUUCGCUUCAAUGACAAUGGAACUCUGUCCGCGAUCCCGAAACACCCGCUAACCUGGGUUGAGGAGUUGUCCGAGGGCAACAAAGAGGACGAUAUUGUAUAUUUGCCACACAUUGCCUUACUUAGUAUAGCAAAUGUGGUGUCUAAACAGUCCUUCAUGACCCGGUUUGGACUUAAUAGGCUUAUAUCAUUAACGGAUAGCCAGCCGCUUGUCAAGAUGACAGCUAGGGAGUUCAUGAUGGGAUACGAAUCUGAGCUGAUGACCUUAGGCAAUACCUUCAUGCCCGGAUGGAUAUAUUUUGAUAAACUUGGCCUAAUCGACCGGAUGUACGAUUUCAACGGCGAUUACGAAACAGUUUUCACUGGCACCGAUGACGUAACAAUCUCUGGUCUAAUCGACACUUACCGAGGUUCCACUGAUCUGCCACAAUGGCAAGGAAAACACUGUUCCAACGUUCAAUAUGCAUCAGAUGGCACAAAGUUUAAGAGCGGAAUCAACAUGAAUGAAUCUAUUUUGUUCUACAGGAAGAGUCUCUGCAGACCCGCGGCUUUGGUUCCAGUAGAAGAAGGAGUCAGAAAUGGGCUUAAAGGAUAUAAAUACACAUUUGCGGAUCACAUGUUAGAUAACGGCAAGGUCAUAGAAGAGAACAAAUGCUUUUGUAGAGAAGGUAUAUGUCUACCAGAGGGCCUAGUAGAUGUCACAGAUUGUUACUACGGCUUUCCAAUAGCUUUGUCCUACCCUCAUUUCUACAAAGGCGAUGAUAUAUUGUUCGGCAAAGUUGAAGGACUUACACCUAACAAGGAGCAACAUGAAACCAGGUUUUGGGUUCAGCCUUAUUCCGGUCUCCCACUGGAUGUGAGUACCAAGUUCCAGAUCAAUUUGGCUCUCGGCGAUAUAUCAGCGAUCAAUAACGUGGAGAGAUUCUCUAAUAUGUACCUGCCUUUACUCUGGUUUGAUAUUAGAAUGUACAGCUUGACGCCGUCAUUAGAGUCAAGAUUCAAAUUAUACCUCAACAUUCUACCCGUCGUAGAGAAAUGCACAAUGUACAUAUGCUUCGUUGUUGCCGCCUUUUUGAUCCUCAUGACCACCUACAUAUUGACGUUCAAAAUCAUGUUUAGGACGUACAACGGCAGAAACAGAAAGUGCAAUUUCAACUUUAAAACCGAGUUUUUGUUCGAUCAAGAGAGACCUAAAAGCAGAAAGAACGACAACGAUUCCGUGUACGCCCCUUGUGAAAUACCGCUCAACGAUAGCGAAUCAGAAAAUUUCGAGGAAAAAGAAGAAAAACGGCCUAGUAUAAUAAAAACACACAGCGAAAAGAUCAAAGAGCUAAGCACUAAAUUGUCUGACAAAGUUCAAGAUUCAGUUGUCAGUGUCAAAAUUACAUUAAAAGAUGAACUAACACAAGUAAAGAACGCUAUUAACAUAAGAAAGAACUCUCUUUUAAGUCCAGAAGCAGAUAAAAGUGACUCAGGGGAAGACAAUGACAACUACAAAGAUUAUAAAGCAGUAAACCAAACGGAUAGCGAUGAAGACUUUAAAUAUUUGGAGGUAAUCGAUGACGGCAGUGAAUUUGACGAGUCUACGGUUAUAUUUCCGACAAACGACAGGCGGCGAGAUUCCAAGCUAAAAAGUGAACUGUACUUGCAUAUCGUUUGA